ACUCUCUGCUCUUUGGAGGAAUGCAUCAGAAACAAUAAUUAAAGAGCAUUCUCACAUGGUAUGCUCCUUUGCCAUGGUAAACUCUGGAGUUAAAAAAAGAUUUCACACAUCUGACAUUGAUAUCAAUUUUCACUGAAUUUCUACAUUCUCAAUGAAGAUAAGUCAGCGCCUAGAAAGACAAUAUGUUUCAAACAGUUGUUCAAAUGGAUUCCAAACAAUUGCCCAGCCAAACAAUACAAGCAAUUGAUGCCAAGUACAAAGGUAGAACUGUGAAGGAAACCCAGCUGAACUGCUUCUACACUUGUCCAGGAGGCACCAAUUAUGGUAACAGGCGGGCAGUCCUUACACAUGGCCUUCCCAAUGCCAAUACAGACGGCUUGGCUCCAGAGCACAUACCAAGUCCGGGGGCUGCCCUGUCGUGGCAGGCAGCAAUCGACGCGGCCAGACAAGCCAAAGCCGCUGCGAUGAUGGGCAACAAUAUGGUCUCUACAGCCAACUCAACCCAAAGGAAAAGACAACAGUACAGCAAGCAGAAAAAACAAGUUAACGCUGCGACCACACGGCCACCACGGGCUCUCUUCUGUUUGACACUUAAGAACCCUGUAAGGCGAGCAUGUAUCAAUAUAGUCGAAUGGAAGCCAUUCGAAAUCAUUAUCCUUCUAACUAUUUUCGCUAAUUGUGUGGCCUUAGCUGUCUACAUACCGUUCCCAGAAGACGACUCGAAUGCAACCAAUUCCAACCUGGAGCGAGUGGAAUAUCUGUUUCUCAUCGUUUUUACAGUGGAAGCAUUUUUGAAAGUAAUAGCUUAUGGACUUCUCUUUCACCCCAAUGCGUACCUCAGGAAUGGCUGGAAUUUACUAGAUUUCAUUAUAGUGGUUGUAGGGCUUUUUAGUGCUAUUUUAGAGCAAGCAACCAAAACAGAGGGAAUUAACCCAAUUGGAGGUAAAGCUGCUGGAUUUGAUGUCAAAGCUCUGAGGGCAUUCAGAGUCCUACGACCGUUACGCCUUGUGUCGGGGGUUCCUAGCCUCCAGGUGGUAUUAAACUCAAUCAUCAAGGCUAUGGUCCCAUUGUUACACAUUGCUUUGUUGGUGCUGUUUGUAAUUAUCAUCUAUGCCAUUAUAGGAUUAGAACUCUUCAUGGGUAAAAUGCACAAAACCUGCGUCAAGAAUGGAACAGAAAUAAAUGCGGACGAUGAGCCCGCACCCUGCAGCUUAAAUAUCGGACACGGCCGUCGCUGUUCAAAUGAAACUUUCUGCAAAAGUGGAUGGAUCGGCCCUAAUGAUGGAAUUACUAAUUUCGAUAAUUUUGCCUUUGCUAUGUUAACCGUCUUUCAGUGCAUCACCAUGGAGGGCUGGACUGAUGUGUUAUACUGGAUGCAGGAUGCCAUGGGCUAUGAGUUACCUUGGGUCUAUUUUGUGAGCCUGGUCAUCUUUGGAUCCUUUUUCGUUUUAAAUCUGGUUCUUGGUGUGUUAAGUGGCGAGUUUUCCAAAGAGAGGGAGAAGGCCAAGGCCCGCGGAGAUUUUCAAAAGCUAAGGGAAAAACAACAGUUAGAGGAAGACCUCAAAGGUUAUCUAGACUGGAUUACCCAAGCUGAAGAUAUCGAUCCAGAAAAUGAAGAUGAAGGAAUGGAUGACGAUAAACCAAGAAACCUGAGCAUGCCUACCAGUGAAACUGAAUCUGUGAACAAUGAAAAUGUGGCUGGUACAGAAUUAGAAGAUUUGAACUGCUGUGCUAGACUUGGGCACAGAAUCUCCAAGUCGAAGUUCAGCCGAUAUUGUCGAAGGUGGAAUCGAUUUUGCAGGCGAAAGUGUCGCGCUGGAGUGAAGUCAAAUGUAUUUUAUUGGCUUGUAAUAUUUCUAGUAUUCCUCAACACCCUUACCAUUGCUUCUGAGCACUACAACCAGCCCAACUGGCUAACCCUUGUUCAAGAUACAGCAAAUAAAGUGCUUUUGGCACUUUUCACCGGUGAAAUGCUACUUAAGAUGUACAGUCUCGGAUUACAAGCUUAUUUUGUAUCACUUUUUAACCGUUUUGACUGCUUCAUUGUAUGUGGGGGAAUCCUUGAGACUAUUCUAGUGGAGACCAAGAUUAUGUCCCCACUUGGCAUUUCAGUGCUUCGCUGUGUGCGACUUCUACGGAUAUUUAAAAUUACAAGGUACUGGAAUUCCUUGAGUAAUCUGGUGGCUUCUCUUUUGAACUCAGUCCGAUCAAUUGCUUCUUUGUUACUGCUCCUCUUCCUUUUUAUCAUAAUUUUUUCUCUCCUGGGCAUGCAACUUUUUGGAGGAAAGUUCAAUUUUGAUGAGAUGGAAACUAAACGGAGUACAUUUGAUAACUUUCCUCAGUCCCUUCUCACUGUUUUCCAGAUCCUGACUGGUGAAGACUGGAACUCAGUGAUGUAUGAUGGGAUAAGGGCCUAUGGAGGACCAUCUUUUCCAGGAAUGUUGGUCUGCAUUUACUUCAUCAUUCUCUUCAUCUGCGGGAACUAUAUACUUUUAAAUGUAUUUUUGGCCAUUGCUGUGGACAAUCUGGCAGAUGCUGAAAGUUUGACUUCUGCCCAGAAGGAAGAGGAAGAAGAAAAAGAACGCAGAAAACUAGCAAGGAACUCGAGUCCAGAGAAAACAGCAGAUAUUGAAAAGAAGCCCAUAGAUGAGGAAAAGAAAGAAGAAAAAAUUGAGCUAAAGACAAUCACUGCUGAUGGAGAUGUGCCACCUGCUACAAAGAUUGGAUUGGAUGACUACCAGGUUGAAGAGAAUGAAGAGAAAAAUCCUUACCCAUCCAAUGAAUUUCCAGGUGAUGAUGACGAAGAAGAACCGGAAAUGCCAGUCGGACCACGCCCUCGUCCUCUUUCCGAACUACAUAUAAAAGAGAAGGCUGUCCCCAUGCCUGAUGCUAGCGCUUUUUUUAUCUUCAGUACCACUAACAGGUUCCGAGUGCUAUGCCACAGAAUCGUCAAUGACAACAUUUUUACAAAUCUCAUCUUAUUCUUCAUCCUAUUGAGUAGUGUUUCUCUAGCAGCAGAAGAUCCUGUACAUCAGGACACCAAAAGAAACCAAGUCCUUACCUAUGCAGAUUAUGUCUUCACUAGUAUCUUUACAGUGGAAAUUAUAUUAAAGAUGACCGCCUAUGGGGCUUUCAUUCACAAGGGUUCCUUCUGCAGAAAUUACUUCAACAUACUUGACCUGGUGGUGGUUAGCGUCUCUCUCAUUUCUUUUGGAAUGCACUCCAGUGCAAUAGCAGUGGUGAAGAUUCUUCGAGUGCUACGAGUAUUGCGACCUUUGAGAGCCAUUAACAGAGCAAAGGGAUUGAAGCACGUUGUUCAGUGUGUGUUUGUGGCCUUAAGGACGAUCGGUAAUAUCGUAAUAGUGACCACAUUAUUACAGUUCAUGUUUGCAUGUAUUGGAGUACAGCUUUUCAAGGGUAAAUUGUACAGCUGUACUGAUGAAUCCAAACAGAAGGAAUUUGAAUGCAGAGGCCAGUAUAUUUUGUACAAAGAAGGGGAUGUAAAUCAACCUAUGAUAAAAGAUCGAGAAUGGAAGAAUAGUGCAUUCAACUUUGAUAGUGUUCCCUCUGCUAUGAUGGCCCUGUUCACUGUAUCUACUUUUGAAGGCUGGCCACAGUUGCUUUAUCGAGCUAUUGAUUCUCAUACAGAGGAUACUGGUCCCAUUUACAACUACAGAGUGGAGAUAUCCAUAUUUUUCAUUAUUUAUAUCAUUGUUAUUGCCUUCUUCAUGAUGAAUAUCUUCGUGGGUUUCGUCAUUGUCACAUUUCAGGAACAGGGAGAACAAGAAUACAAAAACUGUGAGCUGGACAAAAAUCAGCGGCAAUGUGUGGAGUAUGCCCUCAAAGCUCGGCCUCUACGUCGUUAUAUCCCAAAGAAUCCUUAUCAAUACAAAGUGUGGUAUGUGGUUAAUUCCACAUACUUUGAAUACCUGAUGUUUGUCCUUAUAUUGCUGAACACUAUUUGCUUGGCAAUGCAGCACCACGGCCAGUCAUCAACCUUUAGCCAAGCCAUGGAUGUCCUUAAUAUGCUUUUCACCGGACUCUUCACAGUUGAAAUGAUUUUGAAGUUAAUCGCUUUCAAGCCCAGAGGUUACUUUAGUGAUCCCUGGAAUGUUUUUGACUUCCUCAUCGUAAUUGGCAGCAUUAUAGACGUCAUUCUGAGUGAGAUCAAUCACUAUUUUUGUGAUGCAUGGAACACAUUUGACGCCUUAAUUGUUGUGGGUAGCGUUGUUGAUAUAGCAAUCACAGAGGUGAACCCAGCUGAAAAUAACCCAUCCACUUCCACCCCCAUGGUUCUUCAGAAUUCAGAUGAGAACUCGAGGAUUUCCAUCACGUUCUUCCGUCUUUUCCGAGUAAUGCGCCUGGUGAAACUGCUCAGUCGAGGUGAGGGAAUCCGAACUUUGCUCUGGACCUUUAUCAAAUCAUUCCAGGCACUACCAUACGUUGCUCUUCUGAUAGUUAUGCUAUUUUUCAUCUAUGCUGUGAUUGGAAUGCAGGUAUUUGGUAAGAUUGCCAUUAAUGAUGGGACUCACAUUAACAGGAACAACAAUUUCCAAACCUUUCCACAAGCUGUUCUGUUGCUCUUCAGAUGUGCUACAGGUGAAGCCUGGCAGGAGAUUAUGUUAUCUUGUCUCCCAGGAAAACCUUGCGAAAGAGAGUCACCACUUCAUGAGCAAGAUUACACCUGUGGAACCUAUUUUGCUGUUUUUUAUUUUAUUAGUUUCUACAUGCUGUGUGCCUUCUUGAUCAUUAACCUUUUUGUGGCUGUAAUCAUGGAUAACUUUGACUAUUUAACACGAGAUUGGUCUAUUCUUGGUCCUCAUCAUCUGGAUGAAUUUAAGAGAAUCUGGGCUGAGUAUGACCCUGAGGCCAAAGGCCGCAUCAAGCAUUUGGAUGUAGUUACACUCCUUAGACGGAUACAGCCACCUUUAGGAUUUGGCAAGCUGUGCCCACAUAGAGUGGCCUGCAAACGUUUGGUAUCCAUGAAUAUGCCUUUAAACAGUGAUGGUACAGUUAUGUUCAAUGCAACCCUCUUUGCUUUGGUUCGAACUGCAUUAAGAAUCAAAACUGAAGGAAAUUUGGAACAAGCAAAUGAAGAACUUCGGGCAAUUAUCAAGAAAAUAUGGAAACGUACGAGUAUGAAGUUGCUGGAUCAAGUUGUGCCACCAGCAGGAGAUGAUGAAGUUACUGUUGGGAAGUUCUACGCCACAUUCCUAAUCCAGGAUUAUUUCAGAAAAUUUAAGAAGCGCAAGGAACAAGGCACUGUUGGGAAAGCAGUGCAGAAAAAUGCACUUUCUUUACAGGCGGGUCUGCGUACUUUGCAUGACAUUGGCCCUGAGAUUCGUCGAGCCAUAUCUGGGGACCUGACAGCAGAAGAAGAACUAGAGAAAGCAAUGACAGAAGCUGCUUCAGCUGCAUCUGAGGAUGAUAUCUUCAGGAGGGCAGGUGGCUUAUUUGGUAACCAUGUUGGCUAUUAUCCAACUGAUGGUAGAAGCACCUUCCCUCAGACUUUCACCACUCAGCGUCCUUUGCACCUCAAUAAAUCAGGAAUUUCUCAAGCUGAGGCCGAGUCACCAUCCCACGAGAAACUGGUUGAUUCAACAUUCACUCCAAGCAGCUAUUCCUCGAAUGGGUCAAAUGCCAACAUUAACAAUGCGAACAAUACUGCAAUAUCCAGAUUUCCAAGUCCAGUCAAUUAUCAAAGCACUGUGAGUACAGUGGAUGGCCAUGGCAAUUCCCUAACUUCAGCACUCUUAUUGCAAGGCACAGCAUGGAAAAUCAAUCCCAAAAGGACAUGGUAUUAUGAAACACUUAUCCGCUCUUAUUCUGAAGAUAGUCAAUUGCCCAUCAUUCAGCGAGAGGAAGUAUCCCCCGAUGAGACAUGUGAUGAAGACUUCAAUAAAGAUACUGAUUGCUGCAAUGAAGAGAGCAUGUUCUCUUCACAAUUAAUUUCCUAUCAAGAAGAAUGUGGUGAUAAUCAGCUGGGUCCAUCAACAGAUUGCUGCGAUAAAGACAGCUUUUCUCCUUCAAAGGGGCUACUUUCAGCAACAUCAUUAGGAAGAAGAUCGUCAUUUCACCUUGAGUGCCUGAGGAGACGGAAAAGUCAAGGCUUGGACAUAACUUUCACACCACCACUCUCUCAAAAGACUGCACUACCACUUCAUUUAAUUCAGCACCAGGCACUGGCAGUGGCAGGUCUAAACCCAUUGGUAAGAAGAAGCCAUUCUCCAACUCAAUUUUCCAGACUCUGUGCAACGCCUCCAGCAACUCCAUGCAGUACACGGAGAUUAAAACAGCAUAUUCCAGCGUUAUUUGUAGAUGGCAUUGAAUCGUAUGAGAAACUAAACAGCAGCCUUCCAUCUGUAAACUGUAGUUCCUGGUGCUCUGACAACACAAAUAGAAGUGUCAGAAAGGCCAGGCCAGUCUCCCUGACUGUACCCUCUCCCUUCAGGGAAAAGGGACCUGACUGUCACGGCAGUGCUAGUAGCUUAGUAGAGGCGGUUCUGAUCUCAGAGGGGCUUGGUCGAUAUGCACGAGACCCAAAAUUUGUUGAGGCAACAGCCCAUGAAAUUGCUGAUGCCUGUGAUAUGACAAUCGAGGAGAUGGAAAAUGCUGCAGACAACCUGCUCAAUGGGAACACUAAGGCAAGCCCAAAUGGCAAUCUGUUACCCUUUGUAAACUGCAGGGAGCACCAGCAACAGGAAAUUGUGCAAGUGUGCAUGGAAGUGGAGCAGGACCAUGGGAAAAAUGAGGAGGAAUUUACAGAUGAGAUGGAUUAUGUAAGCACUCUGUAGUGACAGGAAAUAGUUUUUAUUAUUUGCUUAAAUCAGUUUGUUUCAGAAGUGCCUCACUGUUCUUGUGACCUGAAGUAACCAGAACAGCUGCUUUCUUCAUUUGCUGUUGUAAAUUGGGAGUAGAGCUGUUAAAGCUCUGAGGUUUUUUUAAAAAAAAAUUAAAACUGUUAUAAAAAUCAUGACUUCAGGUAGCAAAAUGGCAUUACUUUUGAACCUGCAGCAGAGACACUACCCAACAUCUCAAAUUUGCUAAAAACAUGUCAGGGUCAUGGGAGUGUAGGUGGGACCCUGAGUAUCCUGGGUGUCUUAAAGGAGUUGUUUGUAUAUUUGAAUGGUUGGCCAAACAUUAUCCUGAUUUUUUUUUUGUUUAAUAGAUAGGAAUGCUAAGAGGACACAUACAAGCACAUGUAUACACACAAAGUAUAUUUUGUGAGGAAUUUGUCCCUCCUGCCACAGAAUACCUCAGAAAGCAAAAUCCCGUAUACUCUGAUUUCUUUAAAAGAGAUGGAUGGUCUAUUGGGAAGUGAUUAAUGAAGAAAUGUCUAGAACUAGUGGGUGUCUUUAGCUAUCCCUGAUAUAGCUUUUGAUGAUGGAGAACUUGUUGGUAUGAUAGCCUCUCUGGGAGUGCUUACAGUAUAUCCUUCUUUACCGCUCAGUCAUGAACUGCUGGUGUUCAGUUCAUAUGUUCUUUUCCACUAAGAUUGCAUUCUGAAUCCAGGGUCAAUUCUUACUUUGAUGUGGCUUAUUUUGUGUUUUAGCAAUCUUUGGCCAGCCACUUCCUACUUUUUUCAUUUGUUGUGAUUGAUUUUUUUCUUCAAUUCUUUAUUGUUUUGUAAUUCACUGAGGAGUUCAUUAUUAAGUGGAAUCAUCCCUGUGUUCCUGUAGUUUGCAUCCCCUAAUGGAAAAAAAAUUACAUUUUAGGGAAUUACACAUUAUUUAAUAUCAGUAACUUUCAGUAUCAUAGUUCCAAGUAAACACAUACCAUCUACCCAUGGACUGCUCAGAUCUUGCAUGGCAUUUCAAAUCAAUUUUAAUUUUAGUUAAACACUUGAACAGUUAACCUGUGGCAGAUUUUUUAUUGAAGUGGUGAUUAAUCGGUCUAUUGUCAAAAACUCAUCCCCUUGCGUGCCACAAGAUAUGCAAAAACAAUGCAAUAAGGUGUUACUGUAAUCAAGACUAUAAACAUAUUAACUUAAAAACAUAGAUUAUAUAUGUAUGAAUGUGUGUAUAUAUGCAUCACACUGAAUAGAUAUAACUAUGAAUUUAUAUAUAAAUAUUAUAUUCACUGUGAUGUUUCUUGUACUUGUUUUUGUUUAAAAACCUGUAAUACUUGAAUUCAGGUCAGUUGAAGUAUUUGAAAAAAAGACAAAAAAAAACAGUGCAUUUUUAAUGAAUUUAUUGAAUACGCUGGUGUAUAUUUGAUGCAUGGAAACCACUCAAGUAUUCAAGUCUGCCAAGCUAUAGAAUAUAUAUGUAUAAAUAUAUAUACUUAUUUUAACUUCUAAAAGAUUUCUAAAUCUGAAGCAAGUAAACAUUUUUAAUGGAAAUUAAAAGUGUACAUAUUGUUGUUACUAUGAUAUGGCAUCUAUACCUAGUUAACAAAUACUGAUUUUGCAUAUCUUGUGUUCAUUUGUCGUUGUAUUGAUUGUUGCUUUUAGUUUUCACCCCAUCUUGCAACCUCUCAGAACACAUGGGAGUUUCUUCAAGGAAAUGAUUAUUUAUGUAUUUAGUUUAUUUUUGUUUCCUUUGACUCUUUCAAGUGGCAGCAACCUGUUCUUGUGCCUUUAAUAAAUUGGAAUCUCAGCUUUAUCUUUAAAUUGUAAAUUUCACAAGUCUGUUUGGUUCCCAACAGGGAGCCUGUGUUUUCUAGAGUGGGGAAAAAAGCUUGUAGAAUGUAUCGAAAACAUAUAGAUAAAAACUGAGUAUAUUAAUGCCACUUUGGUUAGCACAUUUUAUUCAAAAAUUCCUUUACUUCUCCCAUUAAGGAUUUUUCACUAAUGAAGAAAGAUUUAUUACUUUUCACAUACAUACCUAAAUUAUGAGAUAAAUUAAAUUGUAUGUGUAGACCUAUAUUCAACCAGAUGGUGUCAUUGCAUUCAACAUGCACUGCAAGGAAAUUAAGAAAAGGCAACCCUGCUGUUUGAAAACAGAAACUGCAGUGUUCUGAAUUGGUUCCUUGCAUCACUUAAAAUUAUUUGCAAUGACCUUGGUCUUGAAAUUGUCUAAACACAGUUCUAAAAAAUACAUUAUUUAGCGACAUGAAUUUCUGAAAAUAUUAAUCAAAUAACCUUCAUUUUGUAUAUUAAAUGUGAGAAAUGAGAGGUGUGAAGGUUCUAGCAUCAUAAAUAUGAAAUACAUAAUCAAUCUGCUGCUAAAGGCAUCAUUAGGUAUGCUAAUCUAACCUAAGUUGCACAUUAUAAUUAUUAAUUUAAAGUAGAUUUUUAUGUAAUUUAUAAUCUGAUCUUUCUCAUGGUGAAAGCUAUGGAGAAUAUCCUUUAAACUCAAUGGCAGCAUAAUUGUGUGAGAACUGAUUUUCAAAUGCAAGUAUUUUUCCUGAAAAAUCUGUCUAAUAGUCAAACUGAUCUCCAUGUACAGAGAAAACACCAUGCAACAAACAUCUUGUUUGACCUUGAUAUUUAUUUUAUGGUUUAGGUGAAAACAAAUUACGUCCAACACACCUAAUCUGAGUAGAAAAUAUUUUCCAAUAACUCAAAAACUAUACAUCUUGCCUGUACAAUACCUAUAAAAUAUUUAUAAGAUAUUAAUAAAAUAUUCCUGUUAAUUUAA